AGGGCCGUUCGCUAUUCAUGGAGGAGGAAGUAGAUAUAUAAAGAGCAACUAGCUAGCUAUCAUAGCUGCCUUGGUUUUCAUUCUUUCUUUCCGCAUGUCUUUCGACUCUAUAGCCUUAAUUCUCUGAGGGUUGGGCCUUCUGGGCAACAAGAAACUCCUAGUCCAUGACCUUUACAUUAUACCACUCUGAACUAUUCCGUACAACCCCACAGCACAACUAGAUCGCGAUAUCAGACAGCUCCGGUGAAGUUAGGCCCAAAGCAGUCACAAUGGGGGACCAUGUCCUCUUCUUCUACGGAACCUUAAUGGCACCCCAAAUUCUUCACCGGGUAAUACACGGCUCACCGGACCCAGAGCCCUGGCAAAAGGCCCUCCUCACAUUCAAACCAGCCAUUCUGCAUGGGUACCGACGGCAUCGGGUGCGGGGAGCCGACUACCCAGGUAUCGUGCCGGUCAAGCCAGCAACUACAGAGCUUGACACGGAUUCGAAUGCUAAUGGCAUGGCCGCCGUGCUUGGGACCGUUGUCUCGGGGUUGACGGACGGUGAUAUCCAUCGAUUAGAUAUCUUUGAGGGGACGGAGUAUGAGAAGGGUAAGGUGAAGGUUAGGAUUUUGCGGGAAUCGCUGGGUGGCAAGGAUGGGGAGCUGGACGGGAAGGAUACGGAUAGACAUUUGAUGGAUGUUCUGGAUGCUGCAGGCGCUGAGUUUGCGGAUGAAGGUGAGGAGGUAGACGCUGUUACUUAUGUUUAUGUUGCUGGGGAAAAUAAGCUGGAGGAUGGAGAGUGGGAUUUCGAAGCAUUCAAGCGGGAUAAAAUGGCGUGGUGGGUUGGGGCAGAUGAGAGUGAGUGGUAAUCUCUUUAGAUAUUGAAAAAUUUCCAUAGAAGGCCAAAUGUAUUUUGUUCUUUAGAUGGCCCAAAUCAGCAUAUUCUCUUCCAUCGAAAGCGGGUCUAUAACUUUAUGUACAAUCUUUAAGCAUGCCAACAGCUGAAAACAUCAAACAUGCAUGUGUCGAUAGUGUGGGCGUCGCCGAGAAGUUCCAUGAACGUAAAUCCAUAUUUCCAUAAGCAAUAC